UUCAUUUCGGUGGUUCGAGUUAAUUUAAAUAAUAUCUGCGUAGAGUGGUUGUUUUUUAUGUAAAUAUUUGAAAUUGAAGUUCGUCAUCAUGGGAUUUUCGUGAAUUUUGUAAUCAGUUGGAUUAUACAUACAUAACUUGGUAUAUAUUAGAAUGUUAUUAUGUAUGUGUCGGGUUGCUAAACAGUUCACAGAAAUAUGCACAACUUUAUGCAUCAUCAGCUUUGCAGAUACUUCCAUCGUAAAUGAGAUUAAAUUAAGAUAAUUCGUAUCACAAAAUCAUAUCAGCCGACCUUGGUUCGUUGGAUUCAAAUUUACGACCGUUUCAACAUGAAACUUACACUUUGGGUGUACAUAUUUCAACCUUGCUGGGGUUUCUAUUUGCAAGGAUCCGUAAAAGUUCUGGCUCUGGUGGAAAUUGGUGUCCAAGUCGCCGCAUUUUUUAUCUUCGGCUACCAUGACGUUAUCCAAGAUGACAUUUUUGAGCGUAAAUAUGAAAGCCUGUGUGAUUGGGCUUUGCUCACACUUUGGAUUUAUAUGCAAAUUGAAAAGAUAAUGUCCAUCAUUCUUGCAAUCAUUUUGUUUAAUGCUGCAACUCAAAGGGCUAAGACAACCCUAAAAUGCUGCCUAUUUGCCGCAAUUUUUUUCUACCUGACCCUACUAGCUGCAAUCAUUACUAUAAAUUUCGUUCUUCGGGACAACCUGAUUCUCCCGAUUGCAGUGAGUAUUGUGUUUUUUGUGUACAAAAUCUACUCCUUUUGGGUAUUGUAUUCCUUUAUUCGAGAAAUUACGAUGAACGGUGAAACCGAUGGAUCCAGUAACAAGUUAACGGAUGCUGAAUUGGACGAUUUUUUCAUGGAGGGUGGACAUAACUCAUUCCACGGAACCGGGUAUAACAAGGAAUUCGAAAUUCCUAUAUCCAAUCUGCGCAUCGAUUAUUUAAUCGCACGCUCACGUCCGGAGAGUUUCGGAAUCUAUAAGGCCGAACUAUCCAAAAUUAACGGCACUACUGGACUUCGUGAGGUGAAAACUGUGGCUGUCAAAACUGCGCAUAGAGAAAAUUUCAUGCCAUUGAUGAGAGAACUUAUGAUACUGAAUUGUAUCGGAAAGCAUAAGAAUUUAGUCAAUCUGAUCGGAGCAUGUACGAAGGAUGUCAAGCAAAGAAAGCUUUACCUCGUAAUGGAAUACUGUUCAUUUGGAGACUUGUUAUCUUAUCUAAUUGCCAACAAAGAGGGGUUGAUGACCGAUGCAGAUAUGGGGAAUUGGAGCAAUUCGCACAGAGAUAUCGCAUUUUAUCCCCAAUUUCGUAGUGACUACACUGCCUGGCGAAGUACCUUAAGCUUAUCGGACUUGUUAAGAUGGGCGGCUGAUACGGCCAGAGGGAUGGAAUUCAUUGCAAGCGAAAGGGUAAUUCACGGAGAUCUGGCGGCGAGAAAUGUCCUGCUUUCGUUUGAUCGCAGAGCAAAAAUUACUAAUUUUGGGCUUUCUACCAAACUGUACACAACCUUCGCACAUCAAAACAAUGACAAUUUACCCCUUAAAUGGAUGUCCCCCGAAGCGAUAACUGAUCUAAGGUUCUCAACCUACUCUGACGUCUAUUCGUACGGGAUCACUUUAUGGGAAUAUUUCUCAGCCGGUCAAACGCCUUACGCAGAGAAUAGGUAUUAUGACACCAAUUUUAUUGAGCAGUUAAAAAGUGGUGAAUUACGACCUGGACGCCCUGAAUUUGCCAGUGAAGAAAUAUACCAAGAGAUGAGCAAAUGUUGGGCAUUGGAUCCUACAAGUAGACCAACCUUUACCGAAUUGAGAAUCACUUUUGAAAAGCUUUACAUGGAGCAUGAAAACAAGUCUGGGGUCGAAUUAUUUAGGGAGAAUAUAGUUUAAUGCAUAAAUACUUAACUACCAUAUUCAUCCCGAUGUUACAUAAGUACAACAAGACGACUGAAUACCUUUCGCAAGUACUUUAUUCCUACAAAGUUACGUAAAAGAACUCCCUAAUUAGCAUAAUAAAUAAUUUCAAGUAUUUUCCGAAUUCUGUAUGUAGAUAUUAGACAUUCGUCCCCAGGAUUACACUUGGCUCAUUUACGUAGGCCCAAUUUGUAGCCCAAAUUACCAUCUGAUAUCCCAAGGUUAUUUUGGCAUCCCUGCUGAAGUUCAUGUAUUACUUUGGGGGUCGCUACAGGAGCUGGACGAUUUUUUUAUUUUUUGAAUUCAACAUUCCUCCUCCCCUCAUACAUAUCUAAAACUCUGCAAAUUGCUCCAUUAUGAAUUUUUUCUCUUUCGAAGUGACUAUUAACCAUUAUCCAGACGCGCUCGCACACUUUUUCGUAGUAGUGGCAAAUUUUUUUGCGAGUUGCUCUGAAUUUUUUGUUCUCAUUUUUGAACUAAUCGAGAUAUCGACCUCCGGUUUUCGGAUUUGGGUAGUCAAUCGCAUGGACUACAAAACUACCGCGUUCAAACUCAGUGACAAUUUUUCUUUGAUACAAAUAAAUAUACUUUUUCAAAUGUUUCUUUACUUCUGGACCGAAUCCUAUGUACAUAUUUAGGUACGUACAUACAUACAUACAUAUUUAUUUACUGUUGAAUGUGUGUAUGACGCAUUCCGUGGAAUUUGUUAUCCUGGUAUCAAUAAAUAAUUACAACUCUUGUAUUCGCA